GUUUUAACCAAGAAGAAAUUGCAGGACCUGGUGCGUGAGGUGGAUCCCAACGAGCAGCUGGAUGAAGAUGUGGAGGAAAUGCUGUUGCAAAUCGCCGACGAUUUCAUCGAGAGCGUGGUGACGGCCGCCUGCCAGCUGGCGCGGCACCGCAAAUCCAACACCCUGGAAGUGAAAGACGUCCAGUUGCAUCUCG